UGCAGAACCAUAACUCUCUAUUCAAGCCAUGGUCAUACUCGGGGACUUUCCCGUCGAACUCCUUGCUUCGAUCUUCGCUCAUCUCUCAUCCGACACCCGUCAACUUUAUCGAGUCUCCCAAGUCUGUCGCUCAUGGAAAGAGGCGGCAUUUGGAGACUCGAGUCUUUGGCUCAACAUCACCAUCCGAAACACGGAUGUAAAGCAUGUUGACCUGGUUUCCGCACAACUCGCUCGUGCUGGCCAGCGCUUGAUCUCAAUGAAUUUGGAUUUACACCCGGUGGUCGUUGACCCUCAGGACCUGCUAGCGUUCGCUACUGGGCUAUUCAAAUCGAAUCUUUAUAGGUGCCACACUCUCAAAGUAACGGCUAGCUCGGCAGUUUGGAGGAUCUUGCUGCUCAGCCUGGAAAACGAGUCGUUUCCCAAUGUGGGCGUCGUGGGUAUUACCAUCAUGCCACCCCGGGCAGGGCUUGGAUUUCGUGGUUGUAUUCCACUCGCGUCUGUCGACGGAGUGGGGCACUUGGAGAUGUCCGGCACCAGUGCGAUACGUUGGCCCUUCAGGGAAGUACGCUGCUUGCGACUGACAGGCCAACAUGCUCAACUCAUCGACCGAGACGGACACCUUAACGAUUGGCUCACCAAUGGCCCACAGACGUUGGAAUUCGUCGACUUCGUUGUUCCACCCAUGCGCCUUCAGCUAGCCCAAGAUUCUGCCCGAAUUUCGACCAUACAAGAAUUGAAAUUCGCAGCGCUCCACCCAGCCAAGACGGAUGCAGGGGAUGAGAGUGACUGUGCCCCAUUUUUCGAAGCUCUGAACACUCCCGCAUUGGUGACCCUCGAACUGGGGGUCUUCCAC